AUGAAGCAAAAGUUUCAGGAGAAUGCUCGAGUUCAACGAGCACAACUCCAAAGGCUUCAUAGGGAAUUUGAAAUUCCAAAAAAGCAAAAUGGCGAAUCCGUGAAUGAUUAUAUCUCUCGAGUCAUGAUACUUGCAAAUGACAUGAGAGGAGUAGGAGAAACAAUGGAGGAUGGGCAUAUUGUUGAAAAAAUUAUGAGCACAUUGUCCGACAAAUACAACUACAUCGUAUGCUCAAUUGAAGAAUUGAAGGAUAUCAAUAAGAUGACAGUAGAUGAGCUGCACAACUCAUUGCUUAUACAUGAACACAAUAUAAAAUGA